CCACGCCCAUUUCCCCCUCAUUUUUUCCUUUCUCUCUUCUUCUUGCAGGAGAGAAGCUGAGAAAUAUAUAUAUAAAAAAAGGCCUUACAGAAAGGGUGAGGAAGCUUCUUCCGCUCUCAAAAAACCCUCUAUUUUUUCUUCUCUCCUAUCAUCUCUUCUCCUUAUUAUCUUUGCAUGUUACAUGUUCGUUGAUAGUCCUCUGAGAAACAGGCUCCUUCCUCUCUCGUUUGCUGGUGCACUUUAAUGUCUACGCCUCAAGAACAUGAUUACAUAGGCUUGUCAGAGGUUUCUUCCAUGGAAGCAAGCUCUGAGAAGCUCUCUUCCUCUUCCUCUAAUCUCUCUGUUGCAGAAGAAAACGAGAAAAGUAGCAACAGCAGCAGCAACGCCCUCAACCUCAAGGAAACAGAGCUGAGGCUUGGGUUGCCUGGCUCUGAGUCUCCAGACAGGAAAGGGGCGUCCGGAGUUGGUCUGUUGGGGGGGAGGGGUGUGGAGGAUAAGGGCGCGUACACCCUCGGCUCACUGAAGAGCUUCGUGUCUGGGGCGAAGAGGGGGUUUUCUGAUGCAAUCGAUGGGAAUGGGAAGUGGGUUUUCAGUGGGAGCGAGGUUGAGUUGGGGAAAGGCGGUGGUUUGUUCUCUCCAAGGGGUGGGAAUGCUGGGAAAUCUGUGAUGGGUUUGGAUGGUGGUAGCGACGGGCCCCAGACUGGCCCGUCGGCCUCUGUUUUGAAGGAUAUCGGGUCGUUGCAGAAGCCGGUGGCGCCGGUGCAGGAGAAGAAGACUCAGGGUUCUGCUGCAAGUGACCAUGGUGUUGCUCCUGCUGCAAAGGCACAGGUUGUUGGUUGGCCACCAAUCCGAUCUUUCCGGAAGAACACCAUGGCAACAAACCCAACAAAGAAUAGUGACGACAUGGAGGGUAAGUCAGGAGUUCGGUGUCUGUAUGUUAAGGUAAGCAUGGAUGGAGCUCCAUACCUGAGGAAAGUCGACCUCAAAACCUACUGCAACUAUAUGGAACUCUCGUCGGCCCUUGAGAAGAUGUUCAGCUGCUUUACCAUUGGGCAGUGUGGUUCUCACGGAGUACCAGGCAGAGAAGGACUUAGUGCGAGCCGAUUGAUGGAUCUUCUGCAUGGAUCUGAGUAUGUGCUCACUUAUGAAGACAAGGAUGGGGACUGGAUGCUUGUUGGUGACGUGCCGUGGGACAUGUUCACUGACUCUUGCAAGAGGCUAAGGAUCAUGAAGGGUUCAGAGGCAAUUGGACUAGCGCCAAGGGCCAUGGAGAAGUGCAAGAACCGCAACUAGCGUCUGCAGCCGCUUGUUUGAAGCUUGAGUGAUGCUAAAUGUUAUAUAAGAAGGGCCCAUUCUGAGCUGAAAGGUCUAGAUGGGUUUAUAUAAGAAGAAGGGCCCAUUCUAGAGUUCAAGCCCUAGAAAGGGUUUUAAGUUUGACUGUCUUUGGUAGCCUUAUUUCUAUUUUUUCUUUUUUUCUUUUUCUUUUUCGGGUUUGCUGUUUUACAUGGACUGAAACUUUGUACUAGGUAAGGCUUGUGGAGACAGGCUAUUAGAUUGUCUUAUGUAUUUUGUUUGUCUGCCCUGCUUUCUCAUUUUAUGUAAAUGGUUUGGUUUGCUGUUUGCAAAUAUCCCCUUUUC